UUUGGCGAUAAUUUGAGGCUCCUCGUUGGGAUGGAACCAGAGAUUUACACAGUGCAUUGUCGAUGCAUCAGCUCCUUCGCACGUAUCAUUAGCACUGUGCGUCCGUUCCUCCCACGAUGCGAUUUCGCAUCCCAAACUUUCAACUACUUAGCUGCCCUCACCUCCAUCACGCCUGCGUCAUCACACAACCCACCCCUCAUUGUGCCUCAACUUACAACCGUGCCUCAUAUUCAAGCGCGUUGAAACUUCACCCACCGCAAGCUGCAUAGCUGUACAGACUCAAUUGGCGAGAAUUACGGUCGAAGAUAUACGUCUCGACCUGCAAUCUGAGAUACAGAUCUCACAUACCCCUCACACAAACCGGACCCAACCCCGAAAGACAUACACCGACAUACAUACAUACGUAAAUACACACGUAUAUACCACUAGAUACCUAACCCCAGACCACGUUUCCCGAAGAAAAGAAAAAAUGACGGCUUCCACGACGACGGCCGUCUCGGCGCCCGGCAAGGUCCUCCUGGCGGGCGGCUACCUGGUGCUGGACAGGGCCUACACGGGCCUCGUCUUUGGGCUCAGCGCGCGUAUCAACGUCGUGGCCGCCGAGAUCCACACCAUUCCGGGCGUGCACCUGACCGAGAUCGUCGUCGAGAGCCCGCAGUUUGUCGACGCCGUCUGGCGGUACGGGUUCCAUCUCGCACCUGAGGAUGGCGGGAUUACGGUUACGCAGCUGCAGGUCGGCUCCAGAAUCAGCCCAAACACAUUCGUCGAGACGACCCUAAGCUACGCCCUCACCUACAUCGCCCGCAUCAACAAGCAGCGCCCAAGCCACGCCCUCACCUCAACCCGCCUCAUCAUUCUCGCCGACAACGACUACUACUCCCUGCCCUCCUCAUCCAACGACCCGGACUCCGCCGUCUCCGGCACCGCCGUCCCGACAGCGAAGAAGGGAACCCGCUUCGCGCGGUACCCCCACACCAUCGGCGAAGCGCACAAGACGGGUCUCGGCUCCUCCGCCGCGCUCGUCACCUCCCUGACGGCCGCGCUGCUGACGCACCACCUUCCCACGUCGCUGUUUGACAUCAACUCCGAGGCCGGGAAGCACACGCUCCACAACCUCGCGCAGGCGGCGCACUGCGCUGCCCAAGGAAAGGUCGGGUCCGGGUUCGAUGUGGCGGCUGCGGUGUUUGGAAGCUGUCGGUACCGCCGCUUCUCGCCCUCUUUGCUCUCUGAUCUCGGGGCGGCGGGUAGCCCGGGGUUUUCGGAGGCGUUGGUAAGGAAGGUGGAUGAGUUGCUCGCGUGGGAUGUCGAGGUUGAUAAGGCUGGGACGGGGUUGCCUGCGGGCGUGUGCCUUCGUAUGUGCGAUGUCGAUUGUGGGAGUCAGACGGUGAGUAUGGUGAAGAAGGUGCUUGAGUGGAGGAAGGCGGAUGCGGAGGGGAGCAAGGCGUUGUGGGAUGAGUUGCAGGGCAAGAAUGAGGCUCUUGCUUCGGCGUUGAAGAACGGGGAGACGGAUCAGGUUGGCGGCGCGGUUGCGGACGUGAGGGAGUUGAUUCGGGCUAUGGGGAAGGGAAGCGGUGUUCCGAUUGAGCCCGAGUCGCAGACGGAGCUGCUUGACGCGCUCAGUGGUGUCGAGGGCGUGUUGGGCGGGGUCGUGCCUGGCGCGGGCGGGUUUGAUGCUGUGGCUUUGAUUAUGAGGGAUGACGAGGCUACGCAGAAGAGGGUUGAGGCGUUCUUGGAGGGGUGGGGGAGGGAGAAGGGGGCGAGGGUGCGGUUGUUGGGUGUGAAGGGGGAGAUGGAGGGUGCGAGGCGGGAGGAGUUGAGUACGUAUGCUGGGUGGUUGGCUUGA